GGGAACCAGCCCGUGGCAGUAUAUAAACGAAGACAGCAAAAUAUUUUCUUCAAAGAACUUCACACCUAUAGAAGAAACCCGGAAGAACAAACCCUCGGAGAAAACAAUAAUGUCUGGAGAUGCGACCCAACCAACAACGAUCAGAGGCUCGCCUACAAAGUACGUGAAACUGAAUGUUGGAGGGUCUCUCCACUACACUACAAUCGGAACUCUCUCCAAACAAGAUAGCAUGUUACGAGCGAUGUUUAGUGGCAGAAUGGAAGUUUUGACAGAUACUGAUGGUAUGUUUUGGCACCUGUAGAAUUUGAUUCUAUUACCUCGACUCUAAAUGGGCUUUAUUUUGCUAAAUUGUAGGCCUAUAUAGACUGAUUCAAGUUCUAAUUUGCGUGUCUUUAUGAUACACGUCCUCGUUGAUAACAUUUCUGACAGUUUCAGCAUUAUAAUCUCGGUAGUGGCUGUCAUACAAGAUAAAUAGAAAAAAAGAGGUCGCCAAGUUUCUGUGAAAUAUUAGUCUCCAGAAAAAAAAUACGCUUAUGUUUUUCUUAACACAAAAUUUUUAGUUGACGUAGCAUACUGGUAUGUUUUUUUUCCCCUUAUGAAGUCACGUUUUCUGUGGGUCAGAGGAUUUCUUCAAAUUGCAUUAUAGGGGCGUGGUCGACAGCAACUUGGAAACAAAUUUCCCUGUUUUAUGCUUGGAAUUAGAUGUAUCCAGUCAACUGAUGUUGUGUGAACUCCCUGGCACUAUUUGUUGUUAGCAGGUGUUUUAAUAAAAACCUGUUUCCAGCAGUCUGAAGGCACAAUCUCUACCCUCUCCCAAGUCUAGUCAUCGAUCAUCUCCUUUUGGGGAACGAGUACGGGCUCAUUUUCCCAAGCAGGGGCUGGCAAUUGAGCCUAAGUGAAGUUAAUCGGAAGUUGGUUUUUGAAGAGGUCUGCAAACUUUUAUUCAGUGUUGUCAAAAGAGAAUUCUACAGUCACCAUUGCAAUGUUCUAUAUUGUUUGCGAUGAGACAGUCAUGUGUGGACUUGAUGUCAUUUCAAACAAUUAAUUUAAAAAUGUGCUUACCUCUCAGAAAUUAGAUCUAUAAAUAACUUUAGAGAAAUUCACAUAUCCUGACGAGUGCCCUAAUAUUCUCUCUCGAUUUUGAACUUCCACAAACAACACAUAAAUUUGUCUAUAAUUUACAUUAGCUUGGAGAGCUGUUAGGUGCAUAUGGAGAAACAAAACAAUUUCUGUUGCUUGAAAUCUUUCAUUGAAGGCAAUAAGUAUUUAUUGUCACUUUAUUGAUUAGGUUGGAUACUCAUUGAUAGAUGUGGAAAGCAUUUCCCUCUCAUUUUAAACUUUUUGCGUGAUGGAAGUGCACCCUUACCCCAGAGUGAAGUGGAGCUGCAAGAGCUCUUGAUGGAAGCCAAGUAUUACUUAAUAGAACAGCUAGUAGAAUUGUGUGAAAAAGCGCUGGAAAAGAAAAAGGAAGAGCAUGAUCCUAUCUGCCGCGUGCCACUUAUAACAUCUGCUAAGGAGGAAAGACAACUUGUGACUGGUAAAAAGGUAAAAAAUAACUUUUGAUACACAUUUUUUAUCUAUAGUUACUCAACAUACUGAGAGGCUGCUCCUGGGGAUGCGACCCCUUACCAUUUUAUACACCAUUUUUGGCAGAAAAAGUGCUCCUCUUAUAUAACUUCUACACUCACAUAUCUAGUGUACCUUAUUAUCAGAAAUAAAACACUUCAUGAAAUUAUCAUUAAUUUAAGUUGCGAUAAUUCCUGUAAACAGCAAUUUCUGUGCCAUUAAUUUAUUAGUGGUGCAUUAAUUUCGGCAACCUUAAUUUGCAAUAUAUUAUUGGCCCCAAAUCCUCGAUACUUCUUUGACGUUCUUGACACAGGUGUAAGAAAGAGGAGUAUUUUAUCAGGGUGGAAAUCCGCCAGUAUCAGCAAAACUGUGAAGAGCCCGUCUCAUCACUUGACCCUCUUCCUACAUUUAGGGAAAGUACCAGAGACAAAGUUCCAUUUCGGAUUAUAAAUUUAACUUUGUUCCUGUUGUCACAACAAGUUUAAUUUUUUGCGAAAGUUGCAUUAAUUUCCGUCAUUUUGAAAUGUUGCCCUCUUUUUUGUACUAAUUUCCUUUAUUUGAAAGUCGUUUUUUGUUGAUUUCCUAUAAUAAGGUAGAACCCUGUAUCCCUUUUAAUUGCUGUAAAUGUAAAUGUCUUUUAAUAAGUUAUGAAUAAAUAAAAAAAAAAACAGAAUGUUUUCUUGACUUUUCCAUGGCCGUAUUAUUAAUCUGUUAGCCUUUGGGCCUUUCGAGCCUUUUUACAGAUUGAAAUGACAGCUUUCCAUACCCAUUUGUAUACUUCAACUAGUAAAAUCCCUACCCUUUAACAUACCGGAAACCUGAGAAAGGAGCCCCUUUUCGUCAGGGCCUCCCUGUAUAGCCCAGUAUGGGAAGUAACCCCCUCCACUGCUUUGUGUUUUCCUCUUCUUUAAUGUACUAGUUGAUCACUUUGCUUGACUUGUUGAAUGAAGGAAUUAGAUGCAUAAUAGAUUAGUUAUUUAUGUCAAUAAAGGUUUUUUUUUCUCAACAGCCAGUGGUUAAACUCUCAUACAACAGAUCAAACAACAAAUACUCCUACACUGGGUAUGUUUUGAUAAAUAAUAAGUAAUAAUUAGAUGAAUUAUUUUACUAAUAUUCUUAAAAGGAAAAUUGAUGGAAAUGUGACUCGUUUAAUAUCCGCCAAUAAUUGUAACCUUAAGGUGACAUAAAUCCCCUCAAUGAACAGCCAGCAGUCUGAAUAUCAGUAUUUGACUUUGCAAUACGGUCGAAACUCGAUUAUCCGGACUUGUUUCCUUGGUCCCUUUUUUUUCAUGAAUAUUAAUAAAAUGUGAUCUUGAAAAACUGAAACUAUUAAAAGUUCAUUACUACCUGCCAAAUGUGUGUUUAAAAUACUGUUUUAAUCUGUUUCACUUUGGAAAAGUGUGAGCAGAACAAGAUGAUUGGCUCAACUGUUAUGUUGCUAAAGGAACGUCAUGUUUGAUUUCGCAUUGGUUAUGUAAACACAAGACCAAUCGAUCAUAAACUCAAAUCUCAGCCAUAUCUAUGCAACAAAAGCGGUCCGUUCUCUCCGUAAGGGAUAAGCAAAUGAUUAUUUCAUGUUUGGAGAAAGGCAAAAAAGGAACAAAUUUAGCACUCAAGUUUAAAAUCAGCAAGCAGCAGAUCUCAGAUAUACAUAUAAACAAAGAGAAGAUCCUGAAAUUCACGGCAGCGUGGAGACGAGUGAAGGAUUGAAAACACAUAAAUACUUAUGUACAGUCCGUACAUAAAUUUAAGUAGAAGCUAAUUCACAAUUAUGUAUUUUUUCUUUAUUCCCUAUGUUACAUUAUUGUCUCAUUAAUAUUCAUAUUUUCGAUUAUCUGGACUAUUUACUCAAGUCCAAGUGAGUCCGGAUAAUCGAGGUUCAACUGUAACACACCCUCAGGUGAUGAUUUGGCUUUGGCUUAGAUUUGGAUAGAAAAUACUAUUCAACUCUCAGUUGUAGCCUGUGUUGUUUAAUAAGGUUAGAGAGUGUCCUAUGAGAGUGCCUAUGAGAGUGCCUAGUGCUCUCUGUUUAUAGCCCCGCCCCAGACCUUUUGUUUGACUGUUCACGCAUACUGGGACACACUUCCCCUUUUUUGCCUCCAUCCGCUUUUCCAUUUAUGCCUACCUCCUGGCGGGGUACUACUGGGUUUUGGGAAUUGAGUGUGCCACCUGGUUCUUUAAAUCCUGAUCGUGUGUCUGACCAGAAAAUGUUUGAUUCUCCACACCCGUUUUCAGACCUGGCCUCUAAAAUCCAUACCCAUUUUCAAAGAAAACAAACAAGGGUCACAAGUACGACAGACAUGUUUACGUAGGCAGAAAUUAUGUCAUCAUGACUUAGAUUAGAACACCAACAAAAAGACUUCUAAAAAUCCAUUUCGAAUUUGCAUGACUCUUUCUUUCUUAUUCACUCGGAACGUUCAUACACUCCUAGACCAAAAUGGGUAAAGUCUAUACCCAUUUUCAGACCGAAAGGGUGCAAAAACCAUGUCCUUUGUGGUGGCUCAGGGCGGCAUGGGGCGGGAGUACCUCCGGGGGGCUGCCUUCUUGGAAGGCUGCUUUGAAUGUGUCAGGCCAAAAGGUGGUUUACAGUGAUUUUGUUUAUAUUUAAUAUUUAUGUAUAUCAAUAAUGUCUGAUGUUUACAACCGUGUAUAAAUAAAGGUGAUGAUAAUGAUAACGGGUUUUGAUAUUCAGACCAGGGACAUUCCUCCUUACCCCACCCCCUACCCCAACUAAGAUGAGCUCACCAAUGCUUAACUUGUAUGCUUGUUCCCUUUUUAGUAGUUCGAUUAAAAAAAAAACUUGAAAUCUUUGUCAGCUGCAAAUGUUUAGUUACUUAACAAAUCUUUUUUCUUCUGUUUCCACAGCCAGUCAGAUGACAAUCUGUUAAAAAAUAUCGAACUUUUCGACAAGUUAUCUCUUCGCUUCAACGGACGUAUUUUGUUCAUUAAGGACUUGAUCGGAAACAACGAAAUUUGUUGUUGGACUUUUUAUGGCAACGGCAAGAAACUCGCUGAAGUGUGCUGCACCUCGAUUGUCUACGCCACAGAGAAACCGCAAACAAAAGUAGAAUUUCCUGAUUCAAGAAUUUACGAAGAGGCACUAAAUGUUCUUCUGUAUGAGCACAGAGGCACGGGAAACUUCCCCGACGCCGAGCUUCUCAGCGCAACUCGGAGAGCGGUCGGGCCCCGAGUAAUUCCUGAAAGCGACGAAGAAUCGUCGAGGAAACAAGACAAAAACAGAUGAACUUAUUUCACGAGAGAGUUUCUUUUUUUACAUUUUUAAUUGGCUCGUCUUUUAUCGGUAAAUUUGAUGCGUAGACAUGGGUUAAUUGUGCGGAUAUGCGCUGCUUGAAAAUUCUUUAAUAAAAAUGAUUGACAU